UGAUGAGCUCUGCCCCAAGUGACAUAAGAGGCAGGAAGAAUAAAGUGGGCGAGGGAGGGAGAGAGAAAGAUGCCAUUUCUUGGAAGUUGCAGGCAAGACUUAUUUCCGAGUUUAGAUGCUGACUUCCAACGGUUGCUCAGGUCUUUUGAUACUUGGAAUAUCUUUCAUAUAUAUAUAUAUAUAUAUAUUAAGUUACCCACUUAUUCUAUCCUCGCCAAACACCACUUGAGAUUUGGUGUCAAGCUCUCUUGGAGAGAGAGCGAGAGAUGGUGAGGUCUCCCUGCUGUGAUAAGAUGGGGCUGAAGAAAGGGCCAUGGACGCCUGAAGAAGAUCGAAUUUUGGUAUCUUACAUUCAACAGCAUGGCCACCCCAACUGGCGAGCUCUUCCCAAGCAAGCUGGACUAUUGAGAUGUGGGAAAAGUUGCAGGCUCCGGUGGACAAACUACUUGCGGCCGGAUAUUAAGAGAGGAAACUUCACCAGGGAAGAAGAGGAGACUAUCGUCAAGCUACACGAACUUCUUGGCAAUCGAUGGUCUGCAAUUGCAGCGAGAUUACCGGGCCGCACCGAUAACGAGAUCAAGAAUGUCUGGCAUACCCACUUGAAGAAGAAGCUCAAAACUCAUCAUCACUCCCCCUCCAAUCUCAAACCACAACCUAUCACACUUUCGAAGGCCCUGAAUUUAGAUCACACCCUUCACCGCCAAAGCCCUAGCGGUUUUGGGUUUCCUCUGGUUUCUCCUCAAACCUCUUCCAGUGAAUUUUCGUCCAAUGCGACCGUCAAGGACGAGCGGAUGGACGCGUCCGAAACGUUCGCUUGGAUGGACGAGAGCUUUCGGUUGGAAGAAUUUUCCGACGAGAAAUCAAGGACCGACGAUUGGUUGCCGUUGUCCAAGGCCCGGAGUUGCAGUUUCAACGUGGACGACGGCAUGGAGUUUUGGUACAACCUGCUGAUCAAAACUGGCGGUCCACAAGAAUUGCCAGAGUUUUGAUUUGGACACAGCUUUGGUCAGAUUACAAAUUUACCCCUCUUGGAAAUUUGAGUUUCUUGGCGCAUUAUUUGACCGUUGGCUGCAGUUUCCAGGAAAGUCCAAAACUUGGAGGAAUCAUUAAUUCCAUUGACAAAAAAAGAUAGAAGAAGGAGGCCUUCGCUGGAAAGGAAUAUUUUAGACAGGAAAUGUAAGUGGGAAUUGAUGCCGAAUAAUGUAUUGAGAUAUGUGUAUAAAUAGAUAGGUUUUAGAGGGAGAGGUUCAAAUCAAACCCUAGUUUUCCAACCUUGUGACGUGAACUAGCCAUGUUUAUGCUGUUCAUCAUACUGGGCCUUCUCUGGCUGAAAAUAAUGAUGAUGACGAUGAUGAUGGUGAUGACAGAACACAAUCUGAAUCAUCAUGGGUACUUUAUCUAACACACAUGAAUGAUAGUGAUUGUAAAUUCUCGCCUAUAAAUAUGAUUGUAUAUUUGUAUUGAGUUGGGCUGAUACUGUGUAGGCUUUAUGGCCAAAUUACAUUUAUCUUUAUGUUGGUAAA